GUGUGAAGGUAUAGAUGAACCAAAUUUCAUGGAAUCUCCAAAUUUUCCGCCAAAUUUUGAAAACAUGCGUAGAUAGAAGGGAUCUCACAACGGGAAAAUGCUUGCACGCAGUUUAUAUCAAGUCUGUUGUUCCACAGGUUACAUACAUUUCCAACCACUUCACUCUCCUGUACUCCAAAUGCGGCCGUCUCUCCGCCGCCGGGAAGGCCUUCGCCGCCACCGCGGAACCCAAUGUCUUCUCCUUCAACGUCAUGAUCGCAGCCUACGCCAAAGAAUCGCUUCCCCAUCUUGCACGCCACCUGUUUGAUAAAAUUCCCGAACCGGACAUCGUCUCUUACAACACCCUCAUUUCCGUCUAUGCUGAACGCGGCGAUGCUUCGCCGGCGCUGGAUCUCUUUCUGGGUAUGCGGGAAUCAGGUUUGGGUAUGGAUGGGUUCACCUUUUCUGCAGUCAUAACUGCUUGUAAUGAUGACGUUAGAUUGGUCAAACAGUUGCACAGUUCGGCUUUUUCCGGUGGGUUUCAUGGCUAUGCUUCAAUGAAUAAUUCCUUGAUUUCCGGGUACAGUAAAAACGGGUUUUUUCAUGAUGCGGAAAGGGUGUUUUCUGAAAUGGGUCCGGUUAAAGACGAGGUGUCCUGGAAUUCGAUGAUCGUAGCAUACGGACAGCAGAGGGAAGGAUUAAAGGCGAUGAAAUUGUACCAAGAAAUGGUGCGCCUGGAUUUGUACGUAGACAUGUUUACAUUAGCUAGUGUACUGAGCGCUUUUACGAGCAUGGAAGAUUUAAUCGGUGGGAAGCAGUUUCAUUCUCAGUUGGUAAAGAUGGGGUUUCAUCGAAACGCACACAUCGGAAGUGGUCUGAUUGAUUUGUACUCAAAGUGCGGCGGUCAUAUGUGCGACUGCAGAAAGGUGUUCGACGAAAUGCCUGACCCAGACUUAGUUCUUUGGAACACAAUAAUCUCUGGCUACUCCCUCAACGAGGAGUUCUCAGAAGAGGCGCUCAAUUUCUUCAAGCAGAUGCAGCGAGCAGGCAACUUCCCCGACGACUGCAGCUUUGUCUGUGCAAUUUCGGCAUCUUCUAAAAUGUCGUCUCCUUCACAAGGGAGGCAAAUGCACUCGUUGGUCAUCAAAUCCAAUAUCCAAUCAAACAGAAUCUCCAUAAACAACGCCCUCGUUGCAAUGUAUUCCAAGUGCGGGAAUUUGCAAGAAGCCCGCCAGCUGUUCGAUAGAAUGCCUGAGCAUAAUAACGUAUCGUUUAAUUCCAUGAUUGCAGGCUAUGCUCAGCACGGGCUUGGAGCUGAAUCUUUGAUACUCUUCGAAAAAAUGCUCGAGAAAAAGAUUGCUCCCACGAGUAUAACAUUUGUAUCUGUAAUUUCUGCAUGUGCACACACUGGUAAAGUUGAAGAUGGAGAGAGAUACUUUAGUUUAAUGAAGGAAACUUUCGAGAUAGAACCGGAAGCUGAACACUACGCAUGCAUGAUCGAUCUUUUGGGGCGAGCAGGAAAGCUAGACGAAGCAGAGGGGCUUAUUUGUACAAUGCCAUACACUCCAAAUGUCAUGGUUUGGGGUUCGUUACUCCGUGCAUGCAGAACACACGGUAAUAUCAAGCUAGCUGAGAAAGCUGCGAAUCAUUGCCUUCAUCUCGACCCUUCAAAUGCAGCUCCAUACGUAACCAUGGCACACAUGUACACGGUGGAUCGAAGAUGGGAUGAGGUGUCGAGAGUGAAAAAGCAUAUGAAAGAUAGGAGUGUGAAGAGGCGACCAGGCUGCAGUUGGAUCGAGAUUGACAAGAAAAUCCACUCGUUUGUGGCGGACGAUAAAUCUCACCCUAUGAGAGAGGAGAUUUACGGGUUUUGGGAUAAAAUGUGGGAGAAGAUCAAGAAAGCUGGUUAUGUGCCUGAUUUGAAGUGGGCUUCGGUUAGAGAUGAUUGUGGCGUGACGGAGGAAGAGAAGGAGACGAUUUUAAGGCAUCAUAGCGAGAAAUUGGCGGUUGCGUUUGGGCUUUUAUCGACUACAGAGGGUGCCAGUUUGCUUGUAAUGAAGAAUUUGAGAAUGUGUGGAGACUGUCAUAAUGCUAUUAAGGUUGUUUCUGAUGUUGCUAAAAGGGAGAUUACUGUAAGGGAUUGUCAUAGAUUUCACCAUUUUCGACAAGGCCAAUGUUCGUGUGGCGAUUUUUGGUGAAAUUAAUUAAAAAAAAUUGGGUUUUUUUU